AUGAUACCUUGCCAGAAGAUAGUUACAUACGCCAAUGGCAUCCUUCUUACCGUUCUUUCACAGCAUGAAUAUCACCGUAUCAUCAGGACUCAGGGUAGAGAAUGGGAUAUUAUACCCCGACUGCCCGCCUUACUGGAAGAAGCAUCAUUCCAAGAUGUGAAGACAACUGAGUAUAUCUUGCCAAAUGGAAGUUGGCCCAAGGAUCCAAAACUCAAGGAGAUUGGUCGCUUCUUUCGAGCACAAUUUGCCGAUGGUGCUGUGGAAAGUUAUUCUCUUGCUUUGUUCACACGGUAUGGAGACUGGAAGCCCAUAGAGGUCCAGGUGCUAUUAGCCCACCUCCGCUCAGAACUCAAAUCGAACAAGAUGCACGCAUAUGGAAAGCUGUUAGUGAUGUUGUCGCCCACGUAA